ACAGCACGAAGAGCAGCUCGCUGUCACCAAAAAAAAACCCAAAACAUCCUCAUCUUCGUAUAUUUCCAUCACGGAUUGUGGACUUUUCAUGCUGUGCGUAUAAAAGGAACAUGAGGAAACAAUGGAUUUGCUUCUUGUUGGAGAUCUUGGAGAAUGCGCCUUCGUGGAAAAUGCCACUACUUCGGAAGUUAGAGGGGAACCGUUUCUCAGUGUGAGACAAUGAUAGAAGAAGUCCCGGCAAGUAUGAACUCCACGGCAGCACAGGGGGCAUUUCGACCGCCCACCAUCCCGGUGAUCAUGUUCAUUUUCGGGGUGGUGGGGAAUGUCAUCGCUAUAGUGGUUCUGCGGAUAUCACGAAAGGAACAAAAGGAGACAACUUUCUACACACUGGUGUGCGGCCUGGCAGUGACUGACCUCCUGGGCACGCUGCUGGCCAGUCCCGUCACCAUCGCCACCUACAUGAAGGGCGCCUGGCCGGGAGGGGAGCCGCUGUGCCAGUACUCCGGCUUCAUCCUGCUCUUCUUCUUCUUGGUCCAGCUCAGCAUUGUGUUUGCAAUGUCAGUGGAGAGAUACUUGGCAAUAAACCAUGCGUAUUUCUACAACGAGUACGUCAACCAGAAACUCGCAGCGCUCACUCUUUUGGGCAUUUACAUUUCCAACAUCGUGUUUUGCGCGCUGCCCAGUUUGGGGUUUGGGCAGGUGAAGCGCCAGAUGUCGGGGACCUGGUGUUUCAUCGACUGGCAGAACAACCAGACAUCAGUAGCGACUUUUAACUUGAUGUACGCGGGUGUGAACUCGGUCAUCGUGCUGGCCACUGUCAUAUGCAACGUGAUGGUGUGCGGGGCUCUGAUCCUGAUGCACAAGCGGUUCAUCCGGCGCACGUCCUUGGGCACGGACCAGAGGCGCAUCGCGGAUAUCAGGCGCAGACGGAGUUUCGGACGACUAGCCGGAGCAGAGAUCCAGAUGGUGAUCCUGCUCAUAGCUACCUCCGCUGUGGUUCUCAUCUGCUCCAUACCGUUAGUGCUGAGGAUCUUUGUGAACCAGCUGUUCACAAACCAGACAGAAGUGCUUUUCGGGUUGAACAAAGACCUGCUGGCCAUCCGCAUGGCCUCUGUGAACCCCAUCUUGGACCCUUGGAUCUACAUCCUGCUCAGAAAGACAGUGGUCCUCAAGCUGAUGGAGAAAAUAAAGUGUCUGUUCUGCAAAAUGGGCGGGCGGGGACGGAGGAACGGCGGGCAUUUCCGUUGCGCCGACGGCCGCCUCUCAUCCUCCAUCGUCUCACGAGACUCUCCCUCGCUGGUGUCACGAGAGCUGAAGGAAAUUGUGAGCACCUCGCAUACCUUCUUGUACCCGUCUGAGGGAACCACUGUGACAUCUCAAACAAGGACACAAAGCGGUUCCAGCCUACCGGGGCCACAGACGUUACAGGGCCCCCAGGAAGUGGAGGGGCCUCAAAGGGGGCUUUCACACAGCGAUUUAGUGGACAGAGCGGCAGGCGAGCCACUGAGAGAGCUUCCGAUGUGUCGCAAGGACCCGGCUCUACAUGUGACCUUCACGGAUGAGACUACAAACUUACAGGAGAAAAGCAUAUAACAGUGAACGUGAUCUCAAAGAGCAUCCGUCACUGUAAAAGAAAGGUUUUGGGACCUCAGAUAGGCAUUAACAAAGACAUUAUAAUAAAGGAAAGGAAUCUGAAGACUGAGUAGUCAUCCAUCAAUCUGUAGAUAUCUUGCAGCAUGCUAUUAGACAAAUGUAUUAUUGAACUAAAUACCCAUUAUCAAUGUAUUACUCCUCAGUCUUAACUUUCCACAAACACCAUAUCGCUAAAUACACUUUAGUAGAAUGAGUUGAAAACAGUUAUAUCAACUAAACCAUGGAGAACAACAUGAUGUUGUGGAGGAGCUCUUUUGUUGCACUUUUUUUUUUAAAACCACUGCUGGGCUGUUUUCACAACCUGCGAGACGACUAUAACGAAUUAAUAUUAAAAUGUGAAAAGUGUUACAUGAUUUUAAUUUAUUGUAAGUAUGAAAUUGUAUUGUUUCAAUUGUAUUGUUUUACGUCUUCUCUGUGAGAAGGUCCAGAUAGUUUGGAGCCAUUUUGAAUCGGUACAAGAUAAAUAUGUUGGUUUUUUUUGGGGGGUUUGUGGUGCGCAGGAACAUUUGAAAACUAUUUGGUCCAACUGGUUGUCAAAGGAGCUAUGACAUCACAGCUAGAAUAAUAUCAUCCCCUGCAUUUCAUAACAAAAGGCAGCUAUGGCUUUUCCACUAUACAGACACUGGAGGAUGUUAAGAGGCCUUCUGACAUAAUGUGUUCAUAUAAAAUCAUUCAUUUACUAUUUCCAGCCCAUUACUUUGUAAAGAUUAAACCAACUUCAUCUCAUUUCACUUCAACGUAAUGUGCAAUUCCUCUCAUCUAAUCAGACUUUAUAGGGGAAUUAAGAAGAGAAAGGAAAAACACAUUAUCACAUUUCCUGUCUGAGUUUAAAGGUUUUGCCUUAUCUCACCAUGGAUUUCCUAAGUAGAUUUCUAUGAAGAUUGAUAUAAAUACCGUGUUCAUAUUUCAAUGCUAAAGUUGUUGUAGCAACAGCCAGUGUCGAGUUCACCACAAAAUGUUAUAUAUCUUGUGAAAAGACUAAUGUUGUAGCAAAGUCAUAAAUAGAAAAUAAAAGUUGG